UUCACUUCAUCUCAAUUCCAGACACGGAUGUGGUAUUUUCUUCAUAUUUCUCUCUAUUUUUGGUUGUAAUGAUGGUCGCAUCUGCUUGUAAUAUGCCUUUUUGUUCUUACUCAACGUACCCAUUCAUCAACAAGCAAAUUCACCCAAAAUCCUGGGGAAGUGGAAACCCAUUAUUAUCCCCAAAACAACCAGCAAAACCCAGUUCUUGUAAACUCAGUAAACAACCACAAACUGCCUUCAUAAAUGCAGAGGAAAGAGGGUUAAAAGAAACAAAUGAAGAAAAAAGAAGGUUUAAGUGGGUUGAGAUUGGUCCAGACAUCACAGAAGAGCAGAAACAUGUGAUCGAUAAGCUUCCGGUUAAAAUGACAAAGCGAAAUAAAGCUCUGAUGAAACAGGUUAUUUGUUUCUGUCCCCAAAAAGGGAGUUUGAAAGAUUUAUUGGGUGCUUGGGUCAAAGUUAUGAAGCCCAGGAGAGCUGACUGGCUCGCCGUUCUUAAAGAAUUGAAGAUAAUGGAACAUCCUCUUUUUUUCGAGGUGGCAGAAAUUGCGCUGCUUGAAGAAACUUUUGAAGCCAAUAUUCGUGAUUACACUAAGAUAAUCCAUGGUUAUGGGAAGCAAAACCGGCUCCAAGAAGCUGAAAAUAUUCUCGUUUCCAUGAAGAGAAGAGGUUUCAUUUGUGAUCAAGUAACUCUAACCACCAUGGUUCACAUGUACAGCAAGGCUGGAAAUCUUAAGUUAGCUGAAGAUACCUUCGAAGAGAUUAAGCUGCUUGGCCAACAACUCGAUAAAAGAUCAUACGGCGCUAUGAUUAUGGCUUACAUCCGAGCAGGAAUGCCUGAACGAGGGGAGGGCUUGCUUAGAGAAAUGGAUAACGAAGAAAUCUAUGCUGGAAGUGAGGUUUACAAGGCCCUGUUGAGAGCCUACUCCAUGAAUGGUAAUACCAAAGGUGCACAAAGAGUGUUUGGUGCUCUUCAGAUUGCCGGUAUCUCUCCCGAUGCUAAACUCUGCGGGCUCCUGAUAAACGCAUAUCAAGUGGCGGGUCAAAGUGAAGAGGCACAUAUUGCCUUCGAAAACAUGAGGAGAGCUGGUCUCGAGCCUAGCGACAAAUGUGUAGCGCUGGUGUUGGCUGCUUAUGAAAAGCAGAACAAGCUUAAUAAGGCCCUGGAUUUUCUCAUGGAUUUGGAGAGAGAUGGAGUUGUGGUUGGAAAAGAAGCUUCAGCUAUACUGGCUCAAUGGCUUAAAAAGCUCGGGGUAGUUGAGCAGGUUGAACAAGUCCUGAGAGAAUUUGCUGCUACAUAAAACACAUGCCAAAGUUCCCACAAGAUGCAUUGGUGUUAAAAUAUUCAUCUUUAGUGUCUUUAUCACCAUCAUCUUGUGUUCCAGCAACCUGUUGUACUCUUGGCUCUCGGCAUCUUUACACUGUGGUUGUUCGUUGCCUUAUUUUAGGAGUAUGAACAUUUUCCCUUUUGAUAGAAAGACCGGUAGUAUCUGUCAAUGGAUUUUGACAUUUGGAUCUGUGUUACA